UUUGCGCCCUCGUCGUUGGUAAUAGCGAAGAAGCCAGUACUCUCCGGUGUGGUCGAUAUUUUGAAGGUACGGGAUUUGUUCGUUAGUGCCUACAUGCAUCGAAUCCAUGGCAAUUUGGUCGUGUGAUGCCGUCAUCUCGUUGGAUUGGCGUCCCUUCUCCUGGAUGAAGACUGAAUACACUCCCUUCUGCAGAUGUCCAAAAUUGAGGAAGUCCACUCUGACCACGAAGGUCAUGACCACCAUGACCAUGACCACGAUCACGACCAUGACCAUGAAGAAGAUCCGACAUCUACUGCCGCCCUUGAAAAGGUCCAGUCCCGCUCGGAGAGGAAGGCCAGGAAAGCUCUGCUCAGCUUGGGUUUGAAGCGCGUCCCAAACAUCACACGGGUCACUCUUAGGCGGCCAAAGAAUGUUCUCUUCGUUCUUGCUUCACCGGAUGUCUACAAGUCGCCGAACAGUGACUGCUACAUCGUCUUUGGCGAAGCCAAGAUCGAAGAUAUGAACUCUCAGGCGCAGAUGUCUGCCGCUAACCAGUUGUCAGGUGGUGCGGCUGCUACGGGACUUGAGACCUCGGGUACGAUGGCCCCUGUCGAUGAGACAGGUGUCGACCCCAAGGACAUUGAUCUUGUUAUGACACAGGUCAGUUCUCACACAGUCGCGCUGGAAUAUCGUCUCAUGAGUUCUUCAGGUCAAUUGUUCUCGUGCAAAAGCUUUAUGGCGGCCAGCGAGUAAUCUUGUACCUCUUCUAUUCUGUACUGCUGUCUCUUCAAUACAAAAACAAACCAUUUUGGGGACUCUGGUUCGUU